CGUUUCGCUCUCAUUCUCUGGUCUCGGGAAGGGAACGAUAAUGGAUGGGGGAAUUUCGUACCAGAGGUUUCCGAGGGUGAAGAUCCGGGAGAUGAAGGAUGACUACCUGAAGUUUGAACUGCGGGACACGGACGCAUCGAUGGCAAAUGCGCUGCGGCGCGUGAUGAUCGCUGAGGUGCCGACGAUAGCCAUCGACUUGGUCGAGAUUGAGGUUAACUCCUCCGUCCUCAACGACGAGUUCCUUGCCCAUCGUUUGGGGCUAAUUCCUCUUACCAGCGAACGCGCCAUGAGCAUGCGCUUCUCCCGCGACUGCGACGCCUGUGACGGCGACGGUCAGUGUGAGUUCUGCUCUGUCGAGUUCCACCUCCGUGCCAAGUGCCACUCUGACCAAACCCUUGAUGUUACUAGCAAAGAUUUGUACAGCUCAGAUCACUCGGUUGUACCCGUCGAUUUCUCCGAUAUAGCUGGCCACGAUUCUUCUGAGCAGAGGGGAAUUAUCAUUGUCAAGUUACGCCGUGGACAAGAACUUAGGCUACGUGCAAUAGCAAGGAAAGGGAUUGGUAAAGACCAUGCAAAAUGGUCUCCUGCGGCAACAGUUACCUUCAUGUAUGAACCAGAGAUUCAUAUCAAUGAAGAAAUGAUGCAAACCUUGACACUUGAGGAGAAAAUGGCCUUAGUUGAAAGCAGUCCAACCAAAGUGUUGGGCGUGGAUUCUAAUCAACAGGUUGUAGUUGUUGAUCCGGAGGCAUAUACUUACGAUGAUGAAGUGCUCAAGAAAGCAGAAUCUAUGGGUAAGCCAGGGCUUAUUGAGAUCAAUGCUAGAGAAGACAGUUUUAUAUUCACGGUGGAAUCUACUGGUGCGAUGAAAGCUUCCCAGUUACUACUCAAUGCCAUAGAAAUCCUCAAACAGAAGCUGGAUGCAGUUCGACUGUCUGAGGACACUGUUGAAGCUGAUGAUCAAUUUGGUGAGCUAGGUGCCCAUAUGCGAGGUGGAUGAUGCUGGUAAACCAAAUUAUCAGUUAAAACAUUUGUAGGCUUGUACCUGCUGAUAUUGUGUAACUGCAUAUUUCCUUUAAAAUGUCAUGUGGAUACUAAUUUCUGCCCUGCAUGUUUAUGUAUGCUCCCAAGUCCUAACUCUGCCUAAUGUCCAUCUCCCAUGUGACUUGCUGCACAGAUUUUCCUUCUUUUUUGCCCCAAUGUAGGAGUGAGUAGGAAUGCUUGUAAGCUGUGUUUUAGCAUAUCACAUUGCACGUACGUAUAUAUUUUAUGAUGAUCAAAUGUUCAAACUAC